AUGUCCGGGCCCAGCCUCGGCGCGCAGAGUCCUGGAUCGACACCCGACAUUCCUGAGGAGGAGCGGUGCCAGGAGGACAGCUUGGACGAGCAGAAGGAGAAUGCAGUCAGAGCUUUCGCAGGUGACAUGGCGGCGGUACCGACCAGCGACACCUUGGUGGGUGGCGAGCACGUUGCAACGCCGUGUGCACCUUGCGAACCUUGCGAACCUUGGUCUGGGAGGUACCGGGAAGCGCCCGAAGCGUUUACCAACUUCAUGACCGGGUCAAGCGCAAAGUUGGAGCAGCGGCCUGAGCCAACGCCCAAGCACAAGGUCAUCGUGCUGCCCCCAAGCCGCAGAGCCCCCCUGCGCAGCCCAUCCCCGGAGAACAACUCCCCGCUCGUGCGCCUAACCCGACUGCGAUCGCCGGAGAUUUCACCCCGCCUCCUGCGUCCCAUGCCACUCUUUGCACAAACUGCGCCGACGCGCCGCAGCCUGGGUGCCAGAAACCAGGGAACUCAGGAACUGGGCAUCCUACACCCUCGCACAGGCAGCCCUGUGCGUUGCGAGGCCCCUGGCAUCGCCUAUCCCACAUAUCCCAGAACCAGCUCCCGGCUCAGCGAUCGGACCGAGAAGUUUGGAGGCCGCACUCCGGUCACGCCAACAGUCCCAGCCUUUUGCCCCAGCCGCAUCCCAAACUCCUGGGUCACCAAGGCGCCCACAGCUCCCUUCAGCUACGUCGCGCCAGCGAGGCCAUCCAGGCACAGCGUGGGCUCUUGUACAGGAUCGCGGCCCCGCUCCGCCACGCCUCCCUUCGGUCGAUCCUCCAGUCAGGGCCGGCGUGCAGAGAAUGCCGAGAAUCGCCAGCCCUUAAACAGAGCUUCCAAAGUGGGGCACGGAAAUGCAGGUCCUGGGGUGAAGAAACCCCGACAGGGAAGGGCCCACUCUCCGGAGUUAGAGCCUACGGUGGAGCGGAAGGUGGAGUAUGCCAAAGACGAGGCCGGGCGUACGGAGCUGAUGCAUGCUGCCCGUGACGGCGACCUCGUCCGGGCCGCUGCCUUGAUCUGUGCGGGCCUUCCGGUGGAUGCCACGGACUCCUGCAAAUGCACCGCGCUGAUGUACGCCACUACGUACGGCCACGUGGCGCUCGCGCGAUGCCUCAUCGAGCAUGCCGCGAACGUCAACGCGCUCAGCCAUGACAGAUGGACACCGCUCAUCGCGGCUGUAUACAACGGCCACCUGCCAGUGGCCAAAUAUCUGCUGUCCAAAGCAGCGAACGUUGAAUGUGCGGAUGAUCGGGGAUGGACGGCUUUGAUGCACGUGGCCUUCAAUGGCAAGGUUGAUAUUCUGCAGUGCCUUCUCGAGCACCGUGCAGACACGGAGCAAAAGGACCACGAAGGAAGGACUGCGCUGGUGUAUGCGGCGUUCAGUGGGCACCUUGAGAGCGUGAAGCUACUGCUCGCAAGCCCUCAUGGAGCGAAGCGCUGCCUGGACGGGGCAGAUGGCCCAUGCUCUACGGCUCUUAUGUUUGCCGCCGACAAAGGUCACAUGGAGGUCGUUCGCACCAUCCUGGAUGCCACAUUCAUCUCAGUACGGGCAAGGGCAUCGGCACUGGAACUAGCAAAUCUCCACGGACAUCAUGAAGUGGCAAAGCUCCUCUUGCAGAGCGCACAUGUCUUCGGAGCAGUUCCCACCGCGAGAGAAGGCUGA